GGCAACGCCGUUGCCAUGGACAUAUUUAAUGUGGUUCGCUACCAACUCGAUCCGGUCCACCUUGUGGUACUUCAACGCGUCUCUCACCCUCAACCAAUUUCACGAUUGGGUUUUGGCUUCUUGGCUUGUGGAUUGCGAGGCGUGCGUUCCUUCCCACCUUCUCUGUUGGGUUCCGACUCGGUGUUUUUGGAAAUGGCGCAAGCGGUGGAGGAAUGGUACCAGCAGAUGCCCCUCAUCACGAGAUCGUACCUCACUGCGGCCGUCGCCACUACCCUCGGGUGCUCGAUCGAGAUACUAUCGCCAUACAGUUUGUAUCUGAAUCCCAAGCUCGUCUUGCAGCAGUAUGAGAUUUGGCGGCUGGUCACGAACUUCUUGUACUUCGGGAAAAUGGACUUUGACUUCCUAUUCCAUAUGUUUUUUCUGGCUCGAUACUGCAAGUUGCUUGAGGAUAACUCAUUCAGGGGCCGGACAGCUGAUUUUUUCUUCAUGCUUUUAUUUGGUGCAACUGUGUUGACUGGGAUUGUUUUAAUUGGUGGGAUGAUACCGUAUGUGUCUGAGACUUUUGCAAAGUUUUUCUUCCUGAGCAAUUCUUUGACGUUCAUGAUGGUCUAUGUUUGGAGCAAGCAUAAUCCUUUUAUUCCCAUGAGUUUCUUGGGUCUUUUCACUUUUACUGCUGCUUAUCUACCAUGGGUUCUUCUGGGGUUCUCUGUUCUUGUUGGCAGCAACGCAUGGGUGGAUCUUCUGGGCAUGAUUGCGGGUCAUACAUACUAUUUCCUCGAGGAUGUCUAUCCUCAAAUGACAGGACGCCGACUGCUGAAAACCCCUUGGUUUAUUAAAGCACUCUUUGCAGAUGACAAUGUGGUGUUGGCGGCAGAUGCCAGAUUUGCUCCACCAGCACAGAAUCUUCAUCAAGAUUGAUGAUGAUCGUCUGGUCGUGUAACAUUUGGCGAGAAGGCUGAGCUCAUCUUUGUACUAUAGGUGGAAAAACUGAAUUCACCCUUUUUUCCUUUAGAACCUAAUAUGCAAAGUGUGUUGUAAAUGCAGAAGUUUUAUAAUGGACGGCACUUAUUGGUAGAUUUAUUUUUAGUUUUGUCGAUGAAGGGUGCCAGGUUGCAGCAUCCGGAUUCAAACAAUUAACUGAACACAUAGAAGAUAUAGUGGCAAUUAAUUGUGGUCAAAUGCCAGGAGAGCAACAGAGAAAUACUGCCGCUUUGUUGUG